GAUAUUACGCGCUUCUCAAACGGACGCCUUGUACUUUCUUUCAUCCGUCUUUCUCUCCCUCUCUCACUUCUUAGAACUACAAGUUUGAAAAUUUUACGACUUUCCCCCUACAGUUUCAUCCAUGGAGGCCUCUUCUUCUUCGCCACCUCAUCAACCCCUCCAAUCCAGUGCCGUCGAUUCCAAUCCGAAUUCGACAGUCCAAGACCCUUCUCCUCCUUUGUCUACAGGUUCCAACGACGACGACGAUGAUUCAAAGCCCAUCAACGUUGACGAAAAGGACGGCAAGACAAGAAAGAAGAUUAAGAAGAAAAGGGUCUUCAAGGAUGGCUCUGUUCUGUUACCUCCUUCGUCCUCGUCUUGUGCUUCUUCAUCUUCUACUUCUUCUUCCUUGCCGGCCACGCGCGUGGUUCUCAGACGCCGGAACCCUAGGGCCCUACUCGCUACGGCGCGGCGCAGCGAGGGCAGUGUGGACGUCAUCGGUCUCCCUCUCGGAAUGUCUGUCGCGGCUGUCGUUGCUCUGGUUCUGGAAACGAAAGACACGGCAGGUGGAAGGAUGUCCGUCGACCAUCUUUCAAUGAUCUGCACUUCAGCUGUCAGAGAAUCUUUAGUCAAUCAGGUCUUUGGUGACAAAUUUGAUUGUUUUAUGAGAAACUUUGAAAAGUCAUUUGGGAGCACCUUGAGGACCCUUAGAAGGAUCAAUGAGUCACGCGUAAAAAAGGGAGGUCCUCAUUUUAGCAACCUAAAUGUAGAAGGGUCUACUUCAGAUGUGACUCUGAAUAAAGGAGGAUGCACAAGCAAUUCUGGUAUAGAAGAUUUUCAGUCAGAGAGAGUCUCACAAACUUUUGAAACUCAGGAUCGAUUAAAGACCAUUGAAGAGGUGAGAGAGAAUAUGCUAACUGAUUCCAGUAAUCAUGAGCUUGUCCUGCAUGGGCAAAUAAACCAAGUAGCAUGUGUCUAUCCAAGUACAUACGGUCCUGCAAUUGGGCAUUCUAUGCUUAGCACUAUUGAGAAAUCUGUCGUAGAGCAAACCCGUUCUAAUGACCUGAAGACUUUGGAGCUUAGCCUUACAAUGGAAAGAUUGAAGUUGAAAGAGACACAGCUGGCUCUCAACCAUGAUUCAAAUCAUCUAGAGAGGUCAAAACUGGCCGUGGGUAUAUCAAAGGCAUCUUUUAGAGCUGAAAAAUUCAAGAAUCAAUUAGAAGACACGAGACACACUGAGCUGCUCAGAAAGUGCAUUGACUGUCUUGUUGCUGGUUUGCUUAUCAUGUCAGUCUCCCUGUUAUAUGGUGCUUAUGUAUUUUCAUACACGAGGAUCAGUGAAGCUACCGAAUCUUGUACACCUUCACCCAUGGAGUCCAAGUCUUGGUGGAUCCCAAAGCCAAUGUCAUCGCUCAAUUCAGGGCUGCACAUCCUCAGAUGUCAGGUUCAAGUUGUGAGUCGAAUGCUGUUUGGUAUCUUAAUGAUUGUCACUAUUGCUUUUUUGCUUCUCCAGCGUUCAGCAACUACAAAACAGAUCAUGCCAGUUACGUUCAUGCUCUUGCUGUUAGGAGUUGCCUGUGGUUUAGCAGGCAAGCUUUGUGUAGACACACUGGGAGGGAGUGGAUAUCAUUGGCUCGUAUUCUGGGAGACACUGUGCUUGCUGCAUUUCAUUUCUAAUGUCUGUACAUCAGCUUUGUUCCUUAUCCUCCAUGGACCUGUCAAUGUGUCUCAAGGGACAAAAGGCACAAUAUUUCCUUACUGGAUCCGUCAAUUUCUGUUCUAUGUUAUCUUGCUCCUAUUUCUACCACUUUUCUGUGGCCUCAUGCCUUUUGCAAGCCUUGGUGAAUGGAAAGAUCACUUUUCCCUGCUGGUCAGAAAUUCUUUGUUUACCGUUGAUUGAAGCUAUAGUUUGGUCUAAAGUUUUCGGCAGCCCGCGCCUCACCGCUUAGCCUAGCAUCACGACGCUUGUUUUGGGAGACACUGUGCUUGCUGCAUUUCAUUUCUAAUGUCUGUACAUCAGCUUUGUUCCUUAUCCUCCAUGGACCUGUCAAUGUGUCUCAAGGGACAAAAGGUGCAAUGUUUCCCUACUGGAUCCGCCAAUUUCUGUUCUAUGUUAUCUUGCUCCUAGUUCUACCACUAUUCUGUGGUCUCAUGCCUUUUGCAAGCCUUGGUCAAUGGAAAGAUCACUUUUCCCUUCUGGUCAGAGAUUCUUUGUUUACCGUUGAUUGAAGCUAUAGUUUGGUCUAAAGUUUUCAAUGUAUACAUUAGUUCCCUUUUUUUUUGGUCAGAUCUAAAGUUGACUCUUUGUGGAGUUUCCAGCCUUCCUCCAUAAUAGCCAAUAGGUGAUUGGUUGGGUGUUGGGGCUUAUCUGAGAUUGUAAUUGGUAGCUAGGCUCUCAGUGUGUUGUUUUGUAGUUGCUUUGGCUGUUUCUUGUUGGGUUGGAUGCUGUAAGCCUCCUUUGGAUAGGUUUUUGGGGAAGUUUGGUCAGUCUCUUGCUUGUUCAGUGAAGGGCUUUCUUACCAGAAGAGCUUUUACCCAUUCUGCAUCAAGCAGCAUAACUUACUACUCUCUACUGUAUCUCAAAAGCUGCCCACCAUUGUUGUAAAUGGUUCAGGUAACUCUGCUGUACAGCCGGGUUUAUUUAUUCAUGUAUCAGUUAUUAUAGGAGCCUUUUUCUUCUGUUUUUUGGCAUUUUGGCAUUUUGCUUGUUAAGUGAAGUGAAGGGCUUUCUUACUAAAAGAACUCAUGGAUUGUAAUUGAUGUGUAUUGUAAUGUCAAUCUGUUGUAUUUUAGCCUAA